AAGGAGAUUAGUUGUGCUGAGUCCCUUCUGCACCUCCGAGCUGGCAGCUCUAACUUCUCACCUUUCUGCUGAUCGGUUCCAAGUGUUAACUCCCAGAAGCAAGGAAGGAGGUCCAGUUCUCCACAUCCUCGCCCACACUUCGGAUUGUUGGUAUCUUUCAUUUCAGGAAUACUAGUGGCUUCAUCUUAGGUUAAAGAUGUGUGAUCAGACCUUUCUAGUUAAUGUAUUUGGCUCCUGUGACAAAUGUUUCAAACAAAGGGCUCUGAGACCCGUGUUCAAGAAAUCUCAACAGCUCAGCUACUGUUCAGCAUGUGCAGAAAUUAUGGCCACGGACGGGCUGCAUGAGAACGAGACGCUGGCGUCGCUGAAAAGCGAGGCAGAAAACCUCAAGGGCAAACUGGAGGAGGAGCGGGCCAAGCUGCACGACGUGGAGCUGCACCAGGUGGCGGAGCGGGUGGAGGCCCUGGGGCAGUUUGUCAUGAAGACCAGAAGGACCCUCAAAGGCCACGGGAACAAAGUUCUCUGCAUGGACUGGUGCAAAGAUAAGAGGAGGAUGGUGAGCUCAUCACAGGACGGGAAGGUGAUCGUGUGGGAUUCCUUCACAACUAACAAGGAGCACGCGGUCACCAUGCCCUGCACGUGGGUGAUGGCGUGUGCGUACGCCCCGUCGGGAUGCGCCAUUGCGUGUGGUGGCUUAGAUAAUAAGUGUUCCGUGUACCCUCUGACGUUCGACAAAAAUGAAAACAUGGCCGCCAAGAAGAAGUCUGUUGCAAUGCACACCAACUACCUGUCGGCCUGCAGCUUCACCAACUCCGACAUGCAGAUCCUGACGGCGAGCGGCGAUGGGACGUGUGCCCUGUGGGACGUGGAGAGCGGGCAGCUGCUGCAGAGCUUCCACGGGCACGGGGCCGACGUGCUCUGCUUGGACCUGGCCCCCUCGGAAACGGGGAACACCUUCGUGUCUGGGGGAUGUGACAAGAAAGCCAUGGUGUGGGACAUGCGCUCCGGCCAGUGCGUGCAGGCCUUUGAGACACAUGAAUCAGACAUCAACAGUGUCCGGUACUACCCAAGUGGAGAUGCCUUUGCCUCAGGGUCCGAUGACGCUACGUGUCGCCUCUAUGACCUCCGGGCAGACAGGGAGGUCGCCAUCUAUUCCAAAGAGAGUAUCAUAUUUGGAGCAUCCAGCGUGGACUUCUCCCUCAGUGGUCGCUUGCUGUUUGCUGGAUACAACGAUUAUACCAUCAAUGUCUGGGAUGUUCUCAAGGGGUCUCGAGUCUCCAUCCUGUUUGGACAUGAAAACCGUGUCAGUACUCUCCGAGUUUCCCCUGAUGGGACUGCUUUUUGCUCAGGGUCAUGGGAUCACACCCUACGGGUCUGGGCUUGAUCAUCUCCUCACAAUACAGGCUUAGAUACCUGAGGUUAGAAUUUGAAUCGUCACGUGUAAAUAGAGCUGACUUUUGGAGGAUGUGAGAGUGUAUCGCCACUGCGCUCAAGGGAGCAGCUCCCUGGCCGGAAGUUCACCAGACACCUCCGGGAUCACUGUUAGAACUGCCACCCCGGGAAACGCUGCGUGAGCCUUCAGCCCUGGGAGAGCACCUUCAAGUACAGCGUUUUGGUUUGUUUUGUUUUCAUUUUGAACACUUUUUAAAAUUUAUUCAUUUUUAAGAUUAUUCUUAAUUAUACCACUCUCAACUGAUUCUGUUACCAACAGAAUUUAGCAGUUAAUAUAUUUCAUGGUAUCUCCUUGAACCACUUGUCUUCAGCGCACUUUCAAGACUGGCCUCCCUCGCUGUGCACCACGGCCUGGGGAGCCUUCCCCUGGGAGUGCCGGGGUUCGUGGGCGGGGUGAGAAGGACCGUGCUAUCUGGUCCAUUCCAGAAGGAAGUUCCAUUUUAUCCAAAUGUAAUUAGACAAAACCCCUUUUUUAAACAUGUUUUAUGGUAAAAGUAUCAUUUCCAUUCUACAUCAUACUGUCCUUUUUCAGAUAAAGCGUUUGCGCCUGUGUGAACUGUUAGGCACGAAGCACAGACGGGCCUGAAACGGACGGGUGUUCGGUUUACGAGUUACAUGACAAUUGGCAGGAGUGUGGGCACUUGGCCAAGCGCUUUCUUGCUUUCUUUCGAGGGAAUAGCUGAUGCUGUUCGUGACACAAAGGCUUCUCAGAGCAACCAAAACCUUUCUGUGUGGGGACACAGGACAGUCAGCUGGUUUAAAAACCUAUCACCAGUAUUAGACACAUUAGAAUGAGCUAAAGUAGACCUCGUCCAUGUCCAUUGCACUCAUUGCAUUGAGGGUAAUUGCAUAUACAAAUUAAUUGAUAAGUUUCAAACGAUGUCUUUGUCUUAUAUUGGAAAAAUAACAUAAAAGAUAGCUUGUCUUUAUCUGAAAUCCAGCAAUCCCUUCUAGAAGAUACCAAGUGCUUUUGUUACAGGAUCCAUGCUUUUCCUUUUUUGUUAUUGUUGUUGUUUGGUUUUUAAAGGUAUAGAGGCUUAUUCUUUGUUUUAGAAAAUUCCUUACUCAUAAAGAUGGCAUGCACUGGGGAAGAAAAAAGUCACCUCAGAUACCCAAAAUCAUUCCUGGGUGAGGCGGGCCCGGCAGAUGGCCCAGAGUCUGCCGGGCAGCCCUGCUCCAGCCUGGCCCCUCCCUUAGGGCUAGUUCUGGCUGACCGGCCCAGCCCCAGGUCUGCUGCUCAGAGAGUCCCUUGUGGAGCCAGAGCCAGCACAGCCAUUGGAUAGGCCUGGACCUGGCAUUCCUGAAACCUCAGGGGGGUUCCAGGACAAUGCUCGAAACUACUUGGUUAGGUAACAUAAUGGAUCAGUCAGUCAAAAAUCAGCCAGGCUAUCUUUUCCAUCAGUUUUUUAAAAAUAAACAAAAGGGUUAUAUUCAGUGAUUUGUGAGGGUUUUAGUACACAACAGCCCUGGUGGGAGAAAGAAAUAUAAAAGGCCCCUGUUUGCCUCUGAGGAGCCCAGAGGGAAGAAGAGAACAUGGUCCAGAGGGACCGUUUCUCAGUCACACCCCCUUCCCCCACGGGAUCCGUCUGGCCGGGGCUCAGGAAAAGGCCUAAGUUCCUGGUCUCCUGUCAUGGCCUCCCCUUCCCUCUCCCACAGACCCUUUCAGGCCUCUGCACUCUGACCUGGGCCUCCCAGAAGCAAAGGAAGGCAGGGCAAAGGGAAAGUCACCUAGAGGGAGGGACAGCACCUUCCAGCCGUAUGUUUGCAGAGGUGGAGCGCGCCUUCAGUAUAUGUGCAAAAGAGACCAUAACUUUUCAGUUAAAAAAGCGACUUUAAGGGCCCUGUGAAAGUAUUUUGUAGAAUACUUACCCCACGAGCAGUAAGCCACCUCCCUUAUAAGCAUUUCAUCUCACAGUGGGUGUUGCUUAGUAUUUAUUGAUGAAAACUUGGUUGGGAAUACACUAUACCAUGUGGAGACUCAAAGGUAAACUCCAAGUAAUAAAUUGUAUUUUGCAUAUCGA